UGCACGAGCGGGACCGGAAGUCACGUGACUGUCAGAGCUUCCGGUGUGCGGCGCAACGGCUCUCAGCGAGAAGAGAAGGAAGAUGGCGUCAGCGGCGGCCAAGCAGAUAGCGGCGGAGCAGGUGGUGGCCGGGUUCAAUCGCCUCAGGCAAGAACAGAGAGGGUUAGCAUCCAAGGCGGCGGAGCUGGAGAUGGAGUUAAAUGAACACACACUGGUGAUUGACACUCUGAAGGACGUGGAUCAGAGCAGGAAGUGUUAUCGUAUGGUCGGAGGGGUGUUGGUGGAGCGGACAGUGAAGGAAGUUCUUCCAGCUUUAGAGAACAAUAAGGAACAGAUCAAUAAUAUCAUUGAGACGCUGAGCACACAGCUGCAGGCCAAGGGGCGCGAGCUGAACGAGUAUCGGGAAAAACAUAACAUCCGUCUCAUGGGCGAGGAUGACCAGAAGCCACCCAAGGAGAACGGAGAUGGACCUGGGAGCAAACAAAGCUCUGCUGGCGUCUUGGUGUCCUGAUCUCCCCUGGUAUUGGCCAUCUUUAUCUCUUAUUUAAUGGAGGACUGAUUGGAGACCUUCUGCUGGUAACGCUGACUCUUGCCUCCAAUCUGUGCUCUUCACAAAUCGGGUCACUUUUCAUCAAAGCCAUCAGAUUCAGAACGAUCCAUGGUGUUCACGUUGGGCAUGUCGACAGUUUUUUGUUUUUCCUUUGAUAAAUAAAGUUAUUUGUUGUUCCAGUUA